AUGAAAACAGACUUCCGUGAGAACACUGGCAUGGCACCACGAGGGCUAUGCAAUAUGCUUAAGGAAUAUAGAGAGACUGCAUCAGUAGAGAAGGGUCCAGAGAUUGUGCGUAUUGGUAACACUGCCAAAAUCGAACAAGAUAAGCUGGAUAUAGUACAAGUAAAGUUGAUGUUCUUCUGUCAACCAAUAUACUACAAGCCUGCCGAGUGUUUCAUGCCUUUCAUUAAGAAGGUACAUGCGCAAAAGCUAAAACUGCUCGAUCUCGCUCCGGAACAGAUAAGCACGAAAACAUCCUCAUACAUAUAUGGUAUGGAUUUGAUAGAUACACAGAACUGGGUUAAUGAUAUGUAUAAUAUUGUAUGUCCCCCCUGGCUGGCAGUGUGGAACGAAAGGAUAGGUGUGGCAGGAUUGCCUUAUGAGUCUAUAAACUUUGAUAAGGAAACUGUAAACUUCAACGCAUGGACGGCUAUUCAGCUUAGACAAUAUGCUAAAGAAAGAUACAUCGCAAUUCCUAAAGCAUAUGAAGCUAAGGCAAACUGGUGGAAUAUCUUCGUAAUUAAGAAAGAGAUUGUACCUGAAGCACCUGCCACAUUAUUGGAAUCACGUAUCCAGUCAGUAGACGAUGCAAGGGGGCGCUUCAAUGGUAUAAAAUUUGAACCUUAUGAUCAAAAUGUAGUGCAGAAAGUACACAUUACAGCAAAGGAGGUCAAAACCUACUUUGGAGUGCACGCGUACACACAAGGAGCCACAGAACAACAAGCCCAACGGGGCGUUACACUGACAUACGCGUUUAAGGAUUGCGUUGAUGAAUAUAAGAAGAUGAAACUCAUGUGUGUGCGAGGUGCUGUGAGUCGUUCAAUGCGAAGUGGCACCAUGGAAGUGUUGUGCAUCCUUCUCAUUGGGAAAAAUCCUGGUACCGGCGAUCUUGUAGUGUAA